AUGGCAUUCAGCCAAAAUGAAGGAAAUAGGCACAUGGGAAUUAAACCAGUAACAACAGAUGAGGAAUACAAGGAAACAGAAAGAAUUGUGGGAGAGUUUGGCCAAGGAAUUGGGCAAGAGCUGCAUAAGAAGUUAUUGGAGAGGGCAAAAGCUAAAAAGAAUUGGUUGGAAGAUUGGUGGCGAGAUCGAGUGUACCUGACCAACAGAACACCUCUGGGAGUAUGUUCAAUGUAUGGGGCUAACAGGACAAUGGAAAGCUUCUGGCCACCGUGCAUUGGGACUAACAUUGAGAGGGCUGCUAUCAGCACUUGGUACAUGCUUCGAUACUUUGAAGAGCUUCGGAGAGAGUCAAUCCCCGUAGAGAAGAGUAAGACUGGUAAGAUGAUAUUUUCCAUGGACCAGGCCAGGUCUAUGUUUAAUGGAAGCAGAAUCCCAGGUCCUGAGGCAGAUCAACUCAUCAAUUCCUUCAGAACAGAGAGAGAAGGAUCUUGCCCAAAUCACAUGCUUGUUAGCUGCAAUGGCCAUCUAUUCAGGGUUGAUCCAUUUGAUAGUAGGGGGAAGCUUGUCAGUUCCAGAGAAUUAGCAAGACAACUUCAGAAUGUGAAGGAGCGUAGUAUGAAGAGAGGUCAAUGUAUGUCAUCAUUGACGGGGGAUGAGAGGAGUAGGUAUGCUGAUAACCACAAACAUUUGAAGAGUCUUCAUUCUAUUAAUGAAGAAUAUAUCAAGACGAUUGAUUCAGCCAUCGCUUUGCUUGCCUUAGACGAUUCCACCCCUUGCACUUAUACUGAGCUUGUCCAAGAAACAGUCAGUGGGAGAAAUGUGCACAAUCACUGGUUGGACAAAAGUGUUAUUCUGAUUGUCUACAAGAAUGGCUGUCUUUCCUGCAUAAGUGAUCAUGCUCCAUAUGAUGCUAUGGUAUGCGUUGAUAUGAUCUACUGGGGCUAUAAGAAGAUGGAACAGAAUGGAGGAAUAUGGCCCGAUACAGACUGUGAGGUUAGGGGGGAUUUAGCCCAGCCUCAAGAGUUAGUCUUCGUCACAGACCCAGCCAUUGAAAAUGCAAUCUUAACAGCAGAAGAAACCCAUUACAGAGCUGUGGAUAAUGUGGACAUUCUGUGUAGCUAUUUUCUUAACCUUGGCAAAGACUGGUGUAAGCAAUAUCGUAUCCAUCCAGAUUUCUUAUGUCAACUAGCUAUUCAGCUUGCGUACUACAAGAUGUAUAGAAGGCCUGCUGCAACGUAUGAGACGGCUACCACAAGACAGUUUUACCAUGGUAGAACAGAGACGUGUAGAUCAUGCUCUUCAGAAGCUCUGGCUUGGUGCAAAUCAAUGGUGGAUCCUGAGACAACGAAAGCAGAGCAAGCGGAGCUCUUGAAGGCAGCAUACAUCAAACAUUUCUCCUUGAUGAGUGAUGCCAUGCAGAAUAAAGGAUGCGACAGACAUCUCCUUGGUCUCUACUUCAUCUCAGAUGAACUAGGAAUGCCUCCUCCAGAUAUCUUCCUAGAUCAAGGGUUCAUCAAAAGUGGUGGAGGGGGUAACUUCACACUCUCUACCAGUCUCUCAGGGUAUAAGCCAUUCCUUGGUGUAGUACCUCCUAUGUGCCUGGAUGGGUACUUUAUCAGCUAUCGCAUCCUCAAUGACAAAUUGGAGUUUGUGGUAGUCACUUGUAAGAAUAGCACGGAGGCAGACAAUCUGACAAUGUUCAAGAAUAUUACUCAAUCUCUCAUACAAAUUAAAGACCUUACCAUGCAAGCUGCUUCAAAACUUUGAGACUUGGAGGAUCAUCCACAGAGCAUGGAUCUUUAACCCUGCUCUCAUCUACUUUCUUGAACUGAUUUCCCUAAACCAGUUUAAAGGUAAAUGCUAGUUUUGGUAACGAUAUCAAAAUGAGUUCGUACAGAAUCCAAUGAAAUGACCACCAAAGUGUCUGUUUGUAUAAAUAAAACGCAUGUGCCAAAGGAUUCUGGAAGAAAUUGUGUAAUUGCUGAGAAAUCAGCAAAUAAGCACAGGAUUCGGGUAGAGCGUCGGGGCCCGACGCUCAAAGCAAUAAUUAUACACAGUCCCACGUGCGCUUAUCUGUGUUAAGAAAGUUCAGUCUGAACAUUUUUCAGCGUAGAUUUCAAAAUUUCACAAAGUUCAGUUUAUGUAACUGUACCAAAUCUAGAUCCUCGAUGAUAUACUGACAAUUAAGCCUGGUUUUACAGACUUUCUCAUGAAAUCAGUGUUUACUGCAACUACUGGAAUUUCUCUUUAAGAAACCGGUUUUGCUAGCGUUCUCAAUACCCAUCUCCUGAACUGGUUUCUAGUACCAUGCUACGUACAGUGGUCUCGAUGCUAUUGGAACGCUCUCAGACUUUCAUAUGUUUUGUGCGAAAUUUGAAAGCCCAGUGUGGUCAUACUACACACAGUGUGAACCGAGUAGCAUGCCAUUAGGCACACACUAUUGUACUUCUGUGUCAAGAUUGCUCCGAAGAAUGGUCCUCACCUUCGCUUAACCCUAAAAGGACUGUGGGGGGGGGGGGCCAUCAUGGCUUCGCGCGAUAUUUCCGAAACGCAAAAAGAUAGCACCGCAAAAUUUCAUGACUUGUUUCUUUGAAGUCUCGCGCAACUUUCGAGACCAAAUUCGUGACAUACGGGUAUAGCAUCGCAAUGCUACGUGACUUUUUACGAGACAAUGUCAUGCCGAAAAUGGCUCAUUUUUAUACCUUGUGUACAAAGUCUACGGGAGAUGAAAUUCAUAAAACGGUGAUUAUUUUUUGUUAUAAUUGGUCUGCUUAAUUAAUUCAGGGUUUAAUUUAGUUGUAAAAUGGUCUGUAAUAAUUUCCAUUGAAAAAAAACAAUGAAAAACAAAAGAUGAAAAAACAGAGAAAUACAUAAGAAAUUCUAAAAACAGAAUAUGUAAGGAAAAAAAAUUGACUUUCGUAAUUUUUUUGGGAAACCUUUAAAUUAGAUCACAAAGAUUACAUCUGGAAAAAAGAUGAAAAUUUGAGGUGAAAUUGGGUGUUAAAUUUGCAAAUAAUGUUUUUUAAUGAGUAAAUUUGCUUAUUUCAUUCGUAAAAUAAUUAUUUUCAGAUUUUUUAAAUACUGGCUUGUAGUUUAUGUUGUAAAGAAUGCGCGUGCCAAAUUUUGGCGCGAACAGUGGCCGAGAUAAGGAGGGCCAUCAUGGCCCCCCCCCAGUCCUUUUAAGGUUAAGCCUAACGAGGCACUGCUCUCUUGAAAACGACAUCGCGAGGUGGUCUUCCAAACAGUCUUGGAAGACCACUAAAGAUCUCCUCCAAGACUGCUUCACGUGUUCCCAUUACGCACUAAACUGGUUUCCAAGAAAGUGGUUUUCAGUGAACUAGUUUAAGAAAGAAGAUGAGAACAGGGAUUCGGAGUAUCAUCCCGUAUUCAAGACCUUCAAUCUGUCUCGACUUCAGUUAUACGGCAAGCAUCGUCUUCAGAAUAAUUGUAUCAGUACUUUGUCAGCGAACUAACGCUCAGGGUCCACUUUUCAAGUUAUGGAAUGUUGUAUAGAUAUAUAACCCCUGACUGUUUAUAAUAGUGUAUGUAUUAAAAAAAUGAGUCCAAUAUUGCAUUGUGUUGCAUCAUGUGUAUUGUCAUGUACAAAAGUGCGUCAUCUCGUGGUUCACGUUUUGUUAAAAUUUUAACAAUGCAGUACAGUGACAUAAACGGGUAACUGCACUGCAAAUGCUUUAUGCUUAAACUCAUAUUUUAUAUUAAGCCUUUGUGAAAGUGAGUUUAGUUAUUAAGUGAAACCAUUUUUCUAACGAUUAUGAACUGAGAAAUAGUGCUCUGAGUAUAAUGACAUUGGACCAACAAUUUCAAGGAUUGAGUUUUUGCUUUAUUAUACACUCUCUGUCAAGCCAAAACCUGUGUACAUUGUUUUUAAAUUCAAAUUUUGUACAGUGGCAUAUAGUGCAAUUGAUUUAACGCCAAGUUUUGUAUCUUCUAUAAUGAUGUUUAUUUUAGGUGUCAUUUAUUUUCCUCCCUUUUGAUUAGCACCUUCUCUUUCCUUGUUAUCGCCUCCUUCCUCAUUCUCCCUCCCAAUAUUCUCUUCAUUCUCCUUAUUACCUCAUUCUCCCCCUCCUCUUGCCUUCCUUUUCACCUCUGUUCUUCCUCUGCUCCCUCCUCAUGCUCCUGUCUAACUAAAACACUAAAAUAAUGAAAAAAGGGUAUGUAUUUCGCAGGAAAACUAUGUGUUUACGGUCCAAUUUGCGAGGGUAUAAAAAAGACUAAAAUACUUAAAAUAGGAUGUACUUUUUGCCCCAACACUAUGAGGUUAGGGUGCGAUUUGAGAGAGGUGUGUGAGGUGGUACUAAUCCCAAUGAAAGUAAAGGUAAAGCCAACAUUUGUGAUCACGUCCGUGACAUAUCAAGAUAUCGUUGUACUUGUUUAGGGGGUCAACUCAGGGAAUACUUGUCAAGGGUAACAUUUGUGUCCAAUUCUUGUUAAGGGUAGGGUUUCACAUGCCAAUCCUUGUUGAGGGGUGCAUUUUCAGAACAUGGAAAAUACUUGUUUAGGGCACUUUUCGAAACCCCAUGGUCACGCAUGGUAUCCACUUGUCAAUGGAAGUGGUACCCCCAGGAUCUCGCCUUCCUUUUGCUCUUUCUUAUUGCUUAAAAGAGAGAUUGCUUUACAUGUAAAGGCUGCAAGUUAGGCUUGGCUGUUAUAGUGAAGCCAUGCAAUUGUCUGUAAAUGAUUUUAUAUGCUUAUACUAUAGUGCCUAUAAACAAAAGUCGCUCUGUAAUAAUGCAGGUUAAUUACUUUGGCUUUAUAAGCAGAGCAGCUAUUACAUGCUCUUGUGUUGUUUUUUUUACGUGAAAUCCUUUUCCCAAGAACAUUCUCAUGUUGUUUUUUACUGCUCUUUUAAGUCAAAUGAUAAAAUUAUCAUGCAGACUCACCUUGAAAAAAAAUCACUUUCGAUUUCUUUACUUUACAAGAACUUAUAACCCCUACCGGGGUGCCUUCGACUUCGGCAGUGACUUAGCGACCCUUCAGGGCCUUGGCUAUUUUUCAGAUUUUUUUUUCAGAGGGGAUGAUCAUGCCUGGUAUUUCAAGUAAUUAAUUCCUUCAAAGUCCCCAGUUAUCUCAACUGAAUUGAAUGUAACAUAAUAUGGAUAAUUGUCUUGCUGGAGGAAAUUACUGCCUGGGGAAGGAUUUGACCCCAGGCAGAGUGAGAACCACAGUAUUAUGGUGCUUAUACAAAUUAAAAGAAAUGAAUGAUUGUUAAAUGUUGAAUGUGAACAAUUAAUAGCACGUAUGUAGAGAUUUUUGUUGGAAUUAUGGAUAUGGAGGUGGCAAAGCCCUGAAUGAAAUAGUUGGGGUCACCGUAGUGGAAACUGAGAUCUCACUAGUAACCCAAAACAGUGCAUUAUUUGUUUUAUAAUUUUUAAACCAAUCCUGUCAACAUUCCACUUGCCAGAGUUAAAAACAAAUUGCCAAGCUAUCAGCAACAUCAAAUAAAUUACAAGACAUCUUGCAAUGAAAUAUCUUGUGGUAAAUAACUGAAAUUUUCUGUACUUUACAUGUAGGCAUGCAGCAUAUGAUAAGCAUGCUUCCUCAUUCCUUAUUGUGUGGGUAACCAGCUUCCUUGAUGAGAAAUACAUGAACAUGUACAGUGUAUGUGAUAGUGCACAAUAACAGAGUUUGUCACAUCAGGAUGUUAAAGCACAUUUUUUUGUUUGAUAUGAUUUUUUGUCGAAGAACAUGGAAAUUCCAUUGAUGGAUUAAUAUAAAUGUAAAAAAAGUGAUACUUCCCUCUACGUGACAAGGAUAGUUAAAGGACAGCAUUAUGCUUGUUUGAUUUUUCUCUACUGAUUCACUACUGAAAUUAGAAAAUAUUAGAUUCAUAUGUUGUUUAUAUUUCUGAUGAACAUAACGUUAUACUUUUACUUAAAUAUUUGAUAGAUUCUACCUCAGUAUUUUUUUAUGAUUUUGAUUUCACAAUUUAUAAAAUGAAAACCGAGCAUUUCAUCGACAUUUUCGUCCGACAAGUUUUCAGAUAUGACAAGUUUCCUUGAUUUUUAUUGGCUGAGAAGCAAUGUUACUAUGGUAACUGUCAGAUAAAACGGGACGUGUCGGAUAAAACAUCUGAGAAGUGCUUUCGUGAAAUGCUCCCCGGAUUGUUCUGGCAGUGAAUGUUUUAGGUGUUUUACAUUUGAGUUCUGCAAUCCUACGUUACACAGUACCUCCUCACACUGUCUUUCACACUAGAAACCAUUAAUAUCACAUUGAUUCUUUUUUAUGGCAACAAAACAAUGUCAGGUAGAUUAACUGGUAAUAUGUUACAGCUUGAUAAAAUGGAGAAGUGGCAUUUGUUUCUGCGAGAACAGUAAUAUAUUAAUUUUCCAUUAUGCAUGUUACACACAUAUGCAUCAGCUAGGGCACGUGUAAGAAUUGCAUGCACAAGGACUGUUCAGAUAUGCCCAAAGCAUAGCAAGGGCAUUUCAACUAUUUUCAAAUUCAAAUUUAUUAAAGGACAAGUCCACCCCCAACAAAAAGUUGGUUUGAAUAAAAAGAGAAAAAUCCAACAAACAAUGCUGACAGUUUCAUCAAAAUUGGAUGUAAAAUAAGAAAGUUUUGACAUUUUGAGUUUUGCUUGAUUUCACAAAACAAUUCUAUGCACAUCCCGGUCUGUAUGCAAAUGAGGGAACUGAUGACAUCACUUAUUAUUACUUAUUAUAGGAAGUAUGAAAUAUUCUAAUUUUCUCCCAAUUGUCCUGUGAAACAAAGUUUUAUUACUCCCUGAACAUGUGGAAUUACCAUUGUUUAACAUUUUAUGGGUCAAUCAAGUUUUUCCUUAUUGUCAAAUCUGUAAAAUUGAAAUAAGGUAUAAUUCAAACAUUACAAAACAAAAGAAAUAGUGAGUGAGGGACAUCAUCGAUUCUCUCAUUUGCAUGUGACUAAAUUGUGCAUAUAAUUAUUUUUGUGAAAAAUAAGCGAAACAUUAAAAUGUCAUAACUUUUUUUUUAUUUCACAUCCGAUUUUGAUGAAAUUUUCAGCAUAUCGCUUGUCUGAUUUUUCUCUAGUGAUUAAAAUCAACAUUUUUGUGAGGUCCAAUUUGAGGUGGACUUGACCUUUUAAGUUAGUAUAAUCAUACUAAGUAAAAUAAUUUGUGUCAUGAGAUGGCAAUGUGGAUCCUUGAUAAACCAUCUUCAUCUUAAAACGCUGACCAGUCAUAUUAAUUUAAUUACAGUAUGACAGUUCAUCAUCAGUCAUGAAUUUAUGCAUUAUUAAAAAGUUAAACUAAAAUUAAUCUGGUUAGUCAUGUGCACAUUGCAAAUAUCAUUGGACUAGGAUCGAAUGUGCAAAUUGAAGUUAUUCUCUGUAAUAAUAACAUUCCAAUUUGAGCAUGUUCAAAAGUUUUUUUACGAAAGUAGUAUUUUCUGCUUAGUUGAUAUAUAAACAAAUUUGUGUACAUUUUAAAGAGCUAAGAACAAAAUCAAUUUUGCAAGUAAGCUUUUUUUUCACAAUAUGUUUCUAUUUUCUCCAAGAUUUAAAUAAUGUAAUAAUGUAUUUUUUUUUAAAUGUGAAUAUUGAUCUGCUUAAUCAAUUGAUAUACAUGUAAUCAAUUGAUAAUCAUACGUAUGAUUUAUAUUAGUACAUGUAGAUCUAAUGUUAGAUAUAGUUGCAACUAAGUGGUUUUAAGUUUUAGAAUUCCUACAGAACAGAUAAUGCUUGAAGGGAUUUAGAGGUUUGAUAAUAGUAAGAGAUAAAUUCUGCAAGUAUGUUUUUUUUUUUAUAUUUAAAUGCGUUUCAGCACCAUUCUUCAUUGUUAUGACGCCGCCAAACUUUUAUAUCGAAUUAUUGUUAACAGUGUAAUGUACAUGUAAGUAUUGUGGAGUAACUCAGAAAAAUUGUGUUCUAAUAAGUUCCUGUAAAUCAAAGCUUGAAAUGAUGAAAUUGUAAAUAUUCUGGGGGAAAAUUGGGUAAUGUGCAUUGUGUUUGAUUUCAAUUACUGUUCAAAUUUCUAUGAAUAAAUGUUUAUUCUGAUAUAACA